AUGAGCAUCAUUGAUAUAACAAAGGAUCUGGCGGCCUUGUUCGAGCAGCAGGCUCAAGCUACGCCAGAUGCCAUUGCCCUGGAGGAUGAGAGCCGGACUCUCACCUAUGCGGAACUCGACAGCCUGACCUGGUCUUUGGCCGAUCGCCUGCGCCAGUAUGGAGUUGGCCGUGAUGAUCUGGUCGGCGUCUUGAUGGGACGGAGCGCAGACAAUGUCAUUGCGUCUCUUGCUGCUCUCCGAGCCGGAGGAGCCUUUCUCGUGCUGGAGCUGGCCUACCCAACGGGCCUCCUCCACGAUGUCAUUGAUGAUGCCAAGCCGACUGUCAUCAUUACACAAAAGGCUCAUGCUGCCAAUAUCAAGCCCGGUGUCGCUACAAUCAUCAUCGACCAACCUGAGCCAACCACCAACGGCCAUGCCGCACCCGUCGUGGUCGAGACGAGGGAGCCUCUGCCCGCAAGUGACGACCUGGAUCGCCUGGCCUUUGUGUCGUACUCAUCAGGCACCACCGGCAAGCCCAAGGGCAUUGCAAACCCUCACAGAGCUCCCGUUCUCAGCUACGACUUGAGAUUCCGCACAAGUGAUCUCCAGCCAGGAGACCGCGUCGCGUGCAACGUCUUCUUCGUCUGGGAGAUGCUGCGUCCCUUGAUCCGAGGUGCCACAACCGUUGCCGUUCCCGACAACGCAAGCUACGACCCCAUCGGCCUCGUCGAGUUUCUCGCUGCCAGACGUAUCACAGACACCCUCAUGACCCCCACUCUGCUGACCACCGUCCUCUCACGACAUCCAAACCUUGGUGAGAAGCUUCCUGAGCUGAGGUCAUUGUGGCUGAACGGCGAGGUGGUCACGACGGAUCUCGUUCGUCGAGCCUGCAACGCUCUCCCCAACACUCGCCUCCUCAACGUCUACAGCGCCAGCGAGACGCAUGAAAUCGCCGUGGGCGACAUCAAGACAUUUGUCGACCACGAGUCUCGCGUCUGUCCCGUCGGACCGCCUGUAGACCCUGAGCACAUUUACAUCUUGGACGAGGCCGGAAACAGGCUAGACGCAGGUGUCAGCGGCGAGCUCUUUGUUGGUGGCGAGCUGCUAGCCAGAGAGUACCUCAACCUCCCUGAAACCACAGCCAUUGCUUUCCAGAUGGACCCCUUUGAGAACAAGGAGGGCGCUCGGAUGUACCGCACGGGAGACAUGGCGCGGAUGCUUCCGUCUGGCCUGCUUGAAAUCACCGGCCGAGUGGGCGGCAUGAUCAAGACUCGCGGCUACACCGUUCAGCCAGGAGCUGUCGAGACGACCAUUGUGAAGCACCUGGCCGUACGAGACUGUGCCGUCGUCGCUCAUGGAGAAGGCCUGCAGAAACAGCUCGUGGCUUACAUCGUCCCCGACACUGAGCAGAACCCAGGCCGGACAAUUGUUGUCAUUGACGACGCCGGCCACAGCCCGGUUGCUCGACGAGCGCUGUCUGCCCAUCUUGCACAUUACAUGAUUCCUCCUCUAUGGGUUGAGCUCAAGGAGCUGCCUACGCAUGCCGUCUCUGGCAAGACCAAUCUCAAAGCCCUGCCGCCUCCUCCUAGGCCGAAAACGCCGGUACAAACAGCAAAGACGGAGAGGAACGUCACUAUCAAGAUGGACACGAUUGUCAAGAUAUGGGCCGCGGCUCUCAAUGUCCCCGUCACAAGCAUCACGCCCAAGCACGACUUCUUCGACCUGGGCGGACACUCUCUGAUUCUGGCAGAUCUUGCCAGCAGACUGACCAAGGCAUUUGGAUUCCCUGUUCCUCUCGGUCCGUUGGCAGGCACUCCCACUCUAGAGGGACACCUGGAGGCUGUCAAAGCUGCUCGUGAUGGCCACACCGAAGAGGUUCAAGCUGAACUACCAGCUGUCCUCAGAGCUGACGCCGUGCUUCCGGAAGACAUUCAAGCUAUUCCAGGCACGCAGAUGCGGCGCCUCAGUGACGCUGAAACAAUCCUCCUCACUGGAUCUACAGGUUAUCUCGGAGCUUUUCUUCUCAAAUAUCUCAUCGAGCACACCUCGGCGACUAUCCUGUGCAUGGUGCGAUUCACAGAGCCGAAUGAAGACUGCCGUCCAGCCGGCACGGCGCGAAUCCGCAGGAACCUCAUCGACCUUGGCAUCUGGAGCGACUCCAUGCUGGACCGUAUGGAGAUUGUCCCAGGAAACCUGGCCAGGAGCCGUCUGGGUCUAUCACCAGAGGCCUUUGAGGAACUCGCAGCUCGUCCUCAAGUCAUUGUGCACGCUGCGGCCACUGUCAACUUGGUCUACCCUUAUGCCGCUUUGAGAAGUGCCAACGUGGGUGGCACGAGGGAGAUUCUUCGCCUUGCCUCGCGUGGCGGUGCCACUCUUCAUCACAUUUCGACCAACGGCGUGCUGCCGCCAUCGAUUGAGGGCUGGUCCGAGGAUGCCAUGAUCGAUUUUGACGACGUGCCUACCAAGCUUCAAGAUGGCUAUGGUCAGACUAAAUGGGUUGCAGAGAAGCUCGUGAUGGAAGCCAGUAAGAGAGGCAUUCCCGUCAAGAUUUAUCGACCGGGCACCAUCAGCGGCCACAGUGUCACUGGUGCUGCCAACACCUAUGAUCUUCUCAAUGCCCUCUUUAUCGAAUCGCUCCAGCUCGGCCAGGCCCCAGAUGUCGCCAACUGGGUCGUUGAAAUGACUCCCGUCGACUUUGUCAGCAACGCCAUCAUCACGCUCGCCGACCACACGCAAGGAGAUCAACUCGUAUAUCAUCUUGGUGAUCCCAGCCCAAUCAAGGCCGCAUCCCUCUUCGAUUCCCUCGCCGAGCUAGGAUACGAAACAGGCCGCCUCCCAUGGGACGAGUGGGUUGAACUCUGGAACGAGAAGCGAGGCUCUCGCGGAGGAGACGAGCCCUUUACCGUAGACAUCCUACGCGGAGGAAUGCCCACCGCCGACUCACUGCAAGGUGCCAUCGUUCUCAAGGACGGCGCUACGCAGCCCACGCUGGACUUGUACGGAAUCGAGCGGAUCAAGAUCAACGCGGCCCUCCUCGAGACGUAUACGCGACACUUUUACGCCAGGGGUUGGCUUCCCAAGCCUCCCCGUCGACUCAAAACCAACGGAGCCGCAAUCUCCGACAUCAAAAAGGGGCGUCUCGCCGGCAAAGUCGCCAUCAUCACAGGUGCCUCUUCAGGUAUCGGAGCUGCCGUCGCCGCCGGUCUCGCCAUGGAGGGCGCAUCAGUGGCCCUCGCGGCACGGCGCACCGAUGCCCUCGAGAGCAUCAAGACCAAGAUCCUCGGCAACAGCCGCGGCAAAGUCCUCAUCCACAAGACGGACGUUUCAAAGAAAGACCAAGUCGACGCCCUCGUCCGCGAAACCACAGAGAAGCUCGGCCCCGUCGACAUCAUCGUGUGCUGCGCCGGCGUCAUGUACUACACCAUGAUGGCCAACGUCCAGACGGAUCAAUGGGAGCGCACCGUCGACGUCAACUGCAAGGGCGUGCUGAACUGCCUCGCCGCCACGGUCCCCGGCAUGCUGGAGCAGAAAGCCGGCCACGUCGUCGCCAUUUCUUCCGAUGCAGGCCGCAAAGUGUUCCCCGGCCUCGGCGUGUACUCGGCCAGCAAGUUCUUCGUCGAGGCUACGCUGCAGGCCCUGCGCGUCGAGACGGCUGGAUCUGGUCUUCGCGUGACUUCGAUCCAGCCCGGCAACACGGCCACGGAUCUGCUUGGCAUGUCGACCGAUGCCGAGGCCGUCCGGAAAUACGGCGAACCGUCGGGAGCAAAGAUUCUCGAUCCGGAGGAUGUGGCGCGAUCGAUUGUGUAUGCCGUGUGCCAGCCGGAGCACGUUGCAGUCAAUGAGAUUCUCAUUGAACCUCGAGAUGAACCCAUUUAA